CUAAGACAACACCAUGUGAUCUUAUAUAUGCUCUUGCCUCCUUGUAGAUUCUUUGACCCUAACCUAAAUUUUAAUUCUAUACUAUAGGAUACCCCUCCUUCACCAAUCAUUCAAGUAGGCAACUGUUUCUCAAAAUUAGUUCUUACAUCUAUAUAUAUUCAAGGCUACAAGCAUUUAGGACCAACACAAAACAUUCACAUCCUAAAGCAUUCAGAUUUCAAAAACUUGGUCUUUGCUUAAAAGUUUAUUUUAUUUUUAAACCAUUUCUUCUAAAGUUUUAACACAUACAACAAUGGGUUUUCGUUUCCCUGGUAUCAUCAGAAAGGCAUCAUUUUCUGCAAACCGAUCAGCUUCAAAAUCUGUGGACGUGCCAAAGGGAUAUCUUGCAGUAUAUGUUGGAGAGAAACAGACGCGGUAUUUAAUCCCCGUAUCAUACUUGAGCCAACCUUCAUUUCAAGGCUUGCUGAGUCAAGUUGAGGAAGAGUUUGGAUAUGAUCAUCCCAUGGGUGGCCUCACCAUUCCUUGCACGGAAGAUGUCUUUCAACAUAUAACUUCUUGCUUCAAUGGGCUAUGAAUCUGAGACCAAAAGAGUCUGACAUAGUUUAGUAGAGACAUUUUUUGUAAACUAGGCAUCUGAUGAAUUUAUGGAGUAUAUAUAUAUUUUUUGUUUAAUGAAAACGAAUUCGACUACUCAAGCUGAUCCUCUAUGUUUAUGUUUAUUGCACUUGCUAUAAGAAGAAAUUUUUUUUCCCUA